AUGAGCAUCAAACUUCUUUACAUCGGGUUUUCCAUCAUAACCCAGGUUGCAGCCGCAGCUAGCAACCAUGGGACCUUUGCAUCCCCGGCCAAUGACGUCAGAUUAAAGUUUCGUUAUUGGCUCCCCGAUGCCAGUGUCGAUACUAAUACGGUGGUGAAGGAUAUUGGAGAGGCUGGCGCAAUAGGUGCUGGAGGGGUGGAGCUCCUCGGCCUCUACAACUACGGCGGUUCGCUGGCACCACAGCCCGCUGGUGCCGACUGGGCUACGUGUGGCUUUGGUACACCAGCUUUCAACUCCAUUUUCAAAGCCUCACUGCAGAGUGCAAAGAGCACGGGCAUGAUCUUUGACUUUGCUCUGGGUCCGAGUCAAGGUCAAGGCGUUCCAGCCAAACCAAAUGAUGAGGGGCUUCAUUGGGAUUUGGCACCAUUUAAUGUCAGUGUCCCGCCGAAUGGCACAUACAACGGUCAAAUUCCCGGUUGGGGAACAGGUGAACUUGUUUCUCUGGUGUCCGCGCGGGUCGUGAACACCUCUACAAUUGUCAAUCCCGCGAGCAGACUCUUUUUCACCCCUGCGAAUAACGCAACACGCUUGGUCCUGGCAGUAGGGUCACUAGUGGAUCAUACAGAUGCGGUCAGUGUUGAUGGAAAAGUGUCGUUGUCAUUCAAUGUUAGCGAACAUUCAACCUAUCGUCUUUUUGCCUACUAUCAGUACCAGGACCUUGUCAAAAACCUUGACAUCCAAGAAAGCUCUACAGGAAGCAUUUUCGAUAAUGGCUCCUACACAGUUGAUCACUUCAGCGCUCGUGGUGCUCAAACUACGAUUGACUUCUGGGAGAACUACAUCUUGAUUGAUACUGAUAUCAAGUCCCUUUUGCAAGAGGUCGGCCGCUAUGGCUGGGAAGACAGCAUCGAAAUCAAGUCUAACAUUUCCUGGUCACCUUCCCUUCCAGAUAUUUUCGAGCAGAUCAACGGCUAUCAGCUGCGCAAGUACCUUCCUCUCGUCAUGUACGGAAAUAAUAACCCCGGCGUGCAGCCGUCAUACCCUGGUAAUCUGGAAUGCGUCUUGGACCGUGAGGAUCAGGGACAAGGCUACGUCAAUGACUUCCGUGCUGCUCUAGAAAAAGGAUAUCAAGUUUACUUGGACACGCUUUCAGCCUGGCUAGAUGGUCUGGGCUUAGGCUACUCAGCCCAAGUCUCCUACAACCUGCCGAUCAACAUGGAAGUAAAUAUCAAUCAUGUCAUUGCCCCGGAGUGUGAGAGUCUUGCGUUCAACAAUAACAUCGAUGGAUAUCGUCAGUUUUCGGGCGUCGCAAAUCUCGCUCAGAAGAACGUGAUUUCGAAUGAAAUGGGCGCUAACUUAGAAAAGGCAUUUGCCCUUCCGGUCAGUGAACUACUUGGGCAGAUCAAUACAGCUUUUGCCGGUGGCGUCAAUCAGAUUGUGUUACACGGCCAGUCAUAUACUGGUAACUACCAUAAGACAACGUGGCCGGGGUAUACAUCUUUCUUCAUGCUUUUCGCAGAAUCCUACUAUAACAAGCAGCCUGCAUGGGGCCAUGGGUUCUCAGACGCCAUUGACUAUAUCAGCCGGAAUCAGUACAUCUUGCAGGCUGGCCAGCCACGAACCGACAUCGCUCUGUAUAAUGGAGUUUCAAUGACUGGUCCUCAGCUUGAGACUUUGUACUCUGCCGAUGAUAUGAUUAAUGCAGGUUACACUUACACUUAUCUAUCACCUGCAAACUUGAAUCUCUCGCAAGCAUCUGUAGCAGGCGGCCUUUUGGCCCCUCACUCCCCCGCCUACAAAGCAAUUGUCGUAACAAGCGAUCAGAAUGUCACUUUGGCUGGUGUCAACAAGCUCCAACAGUACGCCGAUGCCGGACUCCCCGUCAUUCUGAGUGGCGGUUUUCCGGGAUACUAUCCCAAUGGUGAAGCGACCGAUAAGGCCGCGGUUUACGCUGCUUUAGAGGCACUCAGGAGUUCUCCAAACGUCUAUACCACUGGGUUUGGGCAAAUUGCUUCAAAGCUCGAGCAGCUCAACCUCACUCCGCGCGUCGCAGUUCAUUCUGAUGGCACCUGGUAUCCAGUUCUUCGGACGGAUAAUAACACGGACUACCUUUUUAUCUUCUCCAAAGAUUCGGCUUCUCAAGGCAAUCUCACUGUUAGCUCAACCAAGACACCUUACCUUUUGGAUAGCUGGACUGGCAAGCGAAGCCCUUUCCUCCAUUACAAGAGAAGCGGGAACACGACAGUAAUUCCUCUUCACCUUGCUGCGAAUCAAACGAUCGCUUUUGCCUUCAGCAACGAGUUGAAGUAUGAAAUUGAGACCCCGUCUCUUCACGCUUCACGUGUUCCCUCAACCGUCCUGGGUUAUAAUUACAGCACCCCUGGCGGUCUCCUCCUCCACACAUCCACCGAUCCCUGCAACGACUGUGUGUUCCAACUCUCCAACGGAACUACCUAUGACCUCGCCCUCAACUCCACCUCUCUUACUUCUCACUUACGAAACUGGACGCUCAUCGCGGAACACUGGGAAGCUCCCAACAACAUGUCAGAUGCCACCACCCAAGCCAUGAAGCGCAACACAACUCACCACCUCGACACUUUGGUCUCAUGGCUCGAAAUCCCAGCGCUUCAAAACGCCUCCGGUCUUGGCUACUACCUCUCUACAUUUACUUGGCCCCCGAAUUCUGCUUACGAUGUUGAUGGUGCAUACCUCACUUUUCCCAGAAUUGCGCAAGGCAUCAAAGUGUCCGUAAAUGGCCAUGAUGUGGGGCCUCUGGACUUCACGAAUCCUAAAGUUGACAUUGGUCCAUACCUCACCAAUGGUACUAAUGCAGUGACUGCCAUUGUUCCAUCGCUAAUGUGGAAUUAUAUUCGGAGUAUAUACGAUGAAAUUGAGAUAUCUGGGAUUGCGCCUCUAUUGAGUGACCCGUUGCCCGAACUGGUGGAUAAUGGCUUGAUUGGGGAGGUGAAGAUCGUUCCCUAUGUCACUUCUCGAUUUAUGAUUUGA